AGAUGUCACCGGUGUGAGACUACUGAAAAGCUGAUUAAUCAUUCUUGUUUUGUGUUAUUAAUUGAAAUUGAAUUUUGUCUUUAUUCUCCUUCACUUUAUUCUAAUUGUUUUAAUAAUUAUUUUUUUGGAGACUUUUGAUUAGCUAUUAACUUGGUAAUCAUGACCGGGGGAGCUGUUGCUGUUCAUUCAAGAAAGAUUCUACCUACUGACAAGUAUCCCAGCGAUGAGGUUCUCAAAAGCAUUGUUGACUCGAUUGAACCUCCUAAAGAUGAAGAAUCUAUUAGAGCUCGAGAGCAAGCCAUCCUUGAUCUUGGUCAGCAUUUAUGUAAAUCUGGGAAAGCUCAAGAAUUGGCCUCCUUGAUUCAGAAAGUCAGGCCAUUCCUUAAUUGCAUAUCAAAGGCUAAGGCAGCUAAAUUGGUUCGUCAAUUAGUUGACCUGUUUUUGGACAUGGAAGCUGGUACUGGACUCGAAGUUGAUCUCUGCAAAGAAGUUAUUACAUGGGCUAAAGAGGAUAAACGAACUUUCUUAAGGCAGUCUCUUGAAGGACGGUUAAUUGCACUUUAUUAUGAAAACAAAAGAUAUGAUGAAGCUCUUAUUUUGGUUUCUUCAUUGCUUAAAGAACUUAAAAAGUUGGAUGACAAAAAUCUCCUGGUUGAAGUUCAGCUUUUAGAAAGUAAAAUCUAUCAUGCUUUAAGUAAUCUGCAAAAGGCUCGGGCUGCUUUGACAUCUGCUAGGACAACAGCUAACGCAAUCUACUGUCCUCCUAAAAUGCAAGCAGCUCUUGAUUUGCAAUCCGGUAUCCUCCAUGCUGCUGAUGAAAGAGACUUCAAGACCGCCUUUUCAUACUUCUAUGAAGCUUUCGAGGGCUAUGAUUCCAUAGAUAAUCCAAAAGCAGUGACUGCUUUGAAAUACAUGUUGCUAUCCAAAAUAAUGCUCAAACAGCCUGAAGAUGUUCAAUCUCUUACAGUUGGAAAAUUAGCCUUAAAGUACGCUGGUCCUAAUAUUGAAGCGAUGAAAGCUAUUGCUAAAGCAAGUGCAAACAGAUCUCUUUCGGAAUUUAAAGAAGCAUUGAAGCAAUAUGGCUCUGAGCUACAUGAUGAUCCGAUUAUACGAGCUCAUUUUGAUACUCUUUAUGAUAACAUGUUGGAACAAAAUUUAUGCAGAAUUAUUGAACCUUAUUCACGUGUUCAGGUUGACCAUAUUGCUAAAAUUAUAAAUCUGAGUAAGGAUACAGUUGAAAAGAAGCUUUCCCAAAUGGUUCUUGAUAAAAGUUUUAAUGGAAUUCUCGAUCAAGGAGAAGGAGUAUUGAUAAUCUUCGAAGACGUUCAAACCGAUAAGACAUACGAAGCAUGUUUAGAGACUAUUCAAAAUAUGAGCAAAGUAGUGGAUGCUUUAUAUCAAAAAGCCAAGAAACUGUCUUAAUCUAAUACAAAAUAAGAUUUAUCAACCUAAGAUUUUUCUUAACCCAUUUUCCCUUUCCUCUCUAAGAAUUUAAUUUCCUAUUCAACUAAAAAAGUUAACAUUUUCGAAGCUUUCAAAACACAUGAGUUUAAGGUUAGGUUACUUGAAAGAUUGUUAAUUGGAAACUAAAAAAGUAAAAAAUAUUUCAAUUAAGAUCUUCCUUUCAUUUUACAUAAUCCUUUUUUAAACACCAUCUUCGAACUUCAACUCUAUUUUGGAUUAUGCAUUUGGUUUUGAAUCAACAUACAUCAAACAUAGUACUUUAAAAUGGCAAAAUAAAGAGUAUCAGAGAUAA